UCCGGAAAAAAAUUCGCCGCGGUCCCUUGUGGGGACCGCCCCCUUCCUCCAACUUCGACGCUGCCCCAUCCACGGCCUAGGCUGCACAUCGCGCCAGAACGUGGCUCUUUGAAUACAGAACUCCGUUGCUUUUAGCAAGUUUCCUUUUUUUUUGUUUAAAGAUUGUUGGAGAGGAUAGUUCACUGUGACGCACCCCGUAAUGUCGUCCAAAGAACGAAGUCGUGACCGUGACAAGGAUCAUGAAAAGGAGAACGACCGGAGUGGGGACAGGAGCGAUGACAGAGAAGAGGGUAGGAGGAGCAGCAGAGCAAAGCAUGACAAUAGCAGUGACAAGACCAAGGACAAACGCAAGGAAAGAGAUAUGGAGCAUGAUGAAUCCAGUGACAGUGACCAGAGCAGUAGUACGAGUGAGGAUGGAGAGCUGGAUAAGAGUAGGGAAAGAGACAUUGAUGAUGAUGGAAGCAAGCACAAAGAUAGGGACGGCACCAAGGACAAACGCAAGGAUAGGGAUUUAGACAAGGCGAAUUAUGGGGAUGGAACCAGUGAUCAAGAUAAGAAUGGCAGCAAUAGCAGAGGUCAGGAAGGUGUGGCUGAUAGGUACAGAAAGAGGGAAGGAGGCAGAAACAGGAAAGGGGACCGAGAUCAUGGCAGGGAGAGAAGCAGUGAUAAAGACGAGGAUAGUGAUAUGGAUGUGGAUCGGAGAAAAGAAAAUAGUGACAAAAAUGGCAGUGGGAAGAGAAACAAGGAUAGGAAUGAGGAUGGAGACAUGAAUGAGGAAGGGGACAAUGUCAAAAGCAUAGAAAGAGAUAAGGGCAAGGACAGGAAAAGACAUAGACAUGGGGGUAAGGAAAAAGAUGGGGACCGAGAGAGAGACUGGGACCGGUACAGAGAUAGUGGUGGGGAUAGUGGUGUGGAUGAAAAUGAGGUGAGAGAUGGGGAGAGAGACAGAGAUGGGGAACAUGGAGUGAGGGACAGGGAGAGAGAUAGAGAUGGAGGUAGAGACCGGGAUAGAGAGAAGGACCGUGGCAGGAAUCGAGAUCGAGACAGAGAGAGGGAUGAUGAAAGGUACAGAGAUAGACAUGACGAUGAGGACAGAUAUGGAGAAAGAGAUGGAUUCAGAAACAAGGACAGAGAUAGGGACAGACACAGGGACUUGGAUGAGGACGAGGGCAGAUACAGAGAUAGGGACAGAAAUAGGAAUAUGAUUGAGGACGAGGGCAGAUACAGAGAUGGCGGCAGGGACAGAUACAGGGACAGAGGAAGAGACCGUGAUGUUGAGCGGAGGAAGCGAGGAAAAUCUCCUACCCAGGAUGAGGCCGAGAGAGGUCAUGAGUUGGGAGAUGCAAACGCAGUGGAGACAGUGCGGGGACGAAUUGAGCCAGACGGGGAGGUAACAGGUGGAGAGGAGCCACCAACUAAGAAAAAGAAGGAUGAAGUGGAUCCCAUCCUGACACGCUCAGGGGGAGCAUACAUUCCUCCUGCAAGGCUGCGCAUGAUGCAAGAGCAAAUUGCAGACAAGAGCAGUUUGGCGUAUCAGCGAAUGAGCUGGGAAGCUCUGAAGAAAUCAAUAAAUGGCUUGAUCAACAAAGUAAACGUUUCAAACAUCUUCAACAUCAUCAAGGAGCUGUUGCAAGAGAACAUUGUUCGGGGACGUGGUAUGUUGUCACGCUCCAUGAUCCAAGCACAGAUGGCCUCCCCAACGUUCACACACGUCUACUCUGCGCUCACCGCCAUCAUCAACUCCAAGUUUCCGCAGAUUGGCGAGCUCAUUCUACGGCGUCUCAUACUCAACUUUCGCAAGGGAUACCGCCGUAACGACAAGCCACUCUGCCUGUCCACAAGCAAGUACAUUGCUCACCUUGUGAACCAGAAUGUGGCGCACGAAGUGCUGUCCCUGGAGAUUCUCACUCUGCUGCUGGAGCGGCCGACGGAUGACAGCGUGGAGGUGGCUGUUGGCUUCCUCAAGGAGUGUGGUCUCAAGCUCACAGAGGUCUCACCGCGGGGAAUCAACGCGAUCUUUGAGAGGCUGCGGAACAUUCUGCACGAGUCCCAGAUCGACAAGCGCGUGCAGUACAUGAUUGAGGUGAUGUUCGCCAUCCGCAAGGAUGGCUUCAAGGACCACCCGGUGAUCCCUGAAGGCCUGGACCUUGUGGAAGAGGAUGACCAGUUCACGCACAUGCUGCCGCUGGAGGAUGACUACAACUCUGAAGACCUUUUAAAUAUUUUCAAGCUGGAUCCAGAUUUUUUGAACAAUGAAGAAAAAUACAAAGCCAUCAAGAAAGAAAUAUUGGAUGAAGGCAGCAGCGGGGAAGGCGAGAGCGGGGAGGGGGAAGGUAGUGACAGCGACGAUGAAGAAGAGGAUGAAGAGGAAGCAGAGAAACAAAAGAUGACAAUUUUGGACCAAACAGAAACAAACCUGGUUUCUUUCCGUCGCACCAUCUACCUUGCCAUACAGUCAAGCUUGGAUUUUGAAGAGUGUGCCCACAAGCUACUAAAGAUGGAGUUACCAGCUGGCCAAGAGAAGGAGUUAUGCAACAUGAUUCUGGACUGCUGCGCUCAACAGAGGACAUACGAAAAGUUUUUUGGGCUUCUGGCAGGUAGAUUUUCCCUUCUGAAGAAGGAGUACAUGGAGAGCUACGAGGCUUUGUUCAGGGAGCAGUACGAGGCGAUCCACCGGCUGGAGACGAAUAAACUCCGCAACGUGGCCAAGCUCUUUGCCCACCUGCUGUUCACCGACUCCAUACCGUGGAGCGUGCUGGAGUCUGUGGUUCUCAGUGAAGACACCACCACAUCCUCGAGCCGUAUUUUUGUCAAGAUCCUUUUUCAAGAGCUUUGCGAAUACAUGGGACUUCCACGCCUCAACACGCGCUUAAAGGACGAAACACUGCAGCCGUUCUUUGAAGGGCUCUUUCCACGGGACAACCCACGCAACACCAGAUUCGCCAUCAAUUUCUUCACCUCCAUUGGGCUCGGGGGUCUCACCGACGAGCUGCGCGACCAUUUGAAAAUCGCCCCCAAGCUGAUCAUGGCCCAGCGCCAGGAGGUCGAGUCCGACACCUCGUCCUCUUCAUCCUCGUCAUCCUCGGACGAGACGGACGACACAGACGACGAUUCUGACUCGUCCUCUGACGACGACGUCGACUCGUCUUCGGGCUCGGGCAGUUCCGGCAGCAGCGAGAGCACCGGCUCGGCGGACUCUUCCAGCGAAGAGGAAAGCAGCAGCAGCAGCAGCAGUGACUCAGAUGACACGAGUGCCAGGAAAAAGAGAAAAGGUGGAAAAGAAGACAAGCAAGUCUCCGGAAAGGGGAAGGCUCAGAAGAAAGAUGCGAGCCAAACUAAGAGGACGAGUAGACGAGGUAGGGAGGGCGAUGAAGAGACCUCUCAAAGAGGGGAUCGUAGGCAAAGAGAGGCGCAGAGAAGUGAGACAAAUCGGGAAAGAGGAGAGAGGGGCGGCGAUGCAGAGAGGAAGGAGAAGCAGAAAAAACGCAGGGGUCACAGCGGAGAGACGAGCACCAAAGCAAAGCGUGGCGGCAGAGACGCCAGCCCUGAUGGGAGACGCGGAGACUCGAGCCAGGAGAGGGAUGUCACAAGGAAGGAUGGUGGUCGAGUCAAAGGUGCCGAUCAAAAGGGAAAGAAAGAUCAAAGCAAGGAUAAGGGCAGCAACAGGCCGAGCAAAAGCGACGACGGGCAGAAGCAUAGAGGUCGAGAACAUGGCAGCAGUGCAAGCCCACAAAUAAACGAUGAGCAUCGACGGAGAAAGACGAAUCAAAGUACAGAUGAGGAGCACGAAGAACCAAGGAAGUCCAAAAGACAUGGCAAGAAGAAGAAGAAGAAUGAUCAAGCAAAGGAUGACGUACAGCCCGGACGGAAACCAAAUCGAAGCGACGGCAAAAGGGCCCGUCAUGACACAAGCGAUGAGGAUGAGGAGGAGGACAUGCAGAGAAGCAGAAGACGUAAGAAAGCUAGUGAUGAGAAAGAGAGGAAUGAUGAUGAUGAUCGUGGAAGGCAUGAAGGAAAGAAAAGUAAUCACAAGGCAGAUGGAAGUGGGAAGAGAUCUGGCAGACCUGAAGAGAGAACUGACAAACGAAAGGAGCAUGACCAUUCCAGUGACAUGUCCAUGGAAAUGGACGGGGGAAGACAAAAAAAGAAUUCCAGAGAAAAUAAUCACGUGAAGGUGCAGGAGACAGCCAGGAACAUGUCCCCAGAACCCUUUCGAGACCGAUCCCAAGACAGGCAUAGGGACAGAGCUCCAGUGGGAACUCGGGGUGGAUCUCAGGACAGACACCAGGACAGAUUUCAAGACCGACGUAGGGACAAUUCAGAAGAAAGACACAUAGACGGAUCGCAAGAGAAACAGAAUACAUUUCCAGAUAGACAUCAAGAGAGAUCCUCAGACAGACGCAAGGAUAAAUCUGCAGACAGACGCAGGGAGAAAUCUCCAGAGAGGCGCAAGGAGAUAUCUCCAGAGAGACGCAGGGAGAGAUCUCCAGAGAGACGCAGGGAGAGAUCUCCAGAGAGACGCAGGGAGAAAUCUCCAGAGAGACGCAAGGAGAGAUCUCCAGAGAGACGCAAGGAGAAAUCUCCAGAGAGACACAGGGAGAGAUCUCCAGAGAGACGCAAGGAGAAAUCUCCAGAGAGACGCAGGGAGAGAUCUCCAGAGAGACGCAGGGAGAGAUCUCCAGAAAGACGCAGGGAGAGAUCUCCAGAGAGACGCAGGGAGAGAUCGCAAGACAGAACCAGAGACAAGGGUGAGGCAAAAGGAGGCAGCAAAAUUGAUAGCCGUUUGAGCAGCAGGAAAGCAAGAGAUCAAGAGAGGUCACGAGAGAGGGAUCACCAGGGCAGACCCCGCAAAAGAGAACGUGACAGUUCCCACGAUCGCGAUCGCCGCAGCUAGGAAAACAUUCUUAAAUAUUUUUGUGAAAAGUUGUUUGCCUUUGUAAUACCGUCACAUCGUUAUGCUUAAAAAAUGUGAUAACCUAAACACGUUUAUGUAAAAUAUUUUGUCAUGUUCUUUGAUAUCCGAAUGCAUUCGGAAGUUUUUAGGGAUGAUGGUUGACAUUUGUUGUGAAUAUCCUCGUGAAAAGGGGGUGGCUUGCAACGACUGCGGGCCUAACUUUCACAUUACCCUGUGACGUCUGUGUUUCCCCCCUUCCCCUUCUCCACAUGUUACCAUAAUAAAGAAUUCUUAAACAUGUCCUUGCUUUGCGAAAACAUCACUUUCGCACACUACUGAGUGACACAGCCGACCCUUCUGACCAUACGGCAAAAAAAACAAAUGAGGUAAUCUGGUCGUGCUGGAGGGCAAUUGGAAAGAAAGUGGGUGGUCGAGUCCAAGAUCGCAGUCUCUCUUAGCUUGUAAAGUGACCAUUCUCGCCCUUGACAUGCACCUAGCCUCAUUUUGUUGGCCUCUUCCAUGCGAUUCAAAACUGGUGACAAAAUGAUAGCAAUUUAACAGCUGAAUCUUUCAUCCCGUUUACCGUUGUGCUGGAGGUGUUUUUUGUUCACAGCGUACAAUGGAGAAUGCUUUUGUAUUACCUUGUGUGUGCACAGUGUCCUGCACGACAUUUCGUUGUCAGUUGGUGAGGCGUUGACAGCUUUUGAGAGACGAGUGGAGAUGAAAAGCUAAAUGCAAAUAAGAUUUAUAAUUCACAGAAACCAUCUGGACACCCUAGUCCUAGGGUCAAUUCCGUAGACUCAUCCUGUCACGACGUCGUGCUAUUGUGCCUCUGUUGAUGGCUCCCUCGACUGCAAUAUAAUGUCCAUAAAAUUGACAUGCAUUGCUCAGACAUAGUAUGGCGAAGGUAUUCAUUUUCUGCGUGUUAAAUUGUUAAUGUACAUUGCUCUCUUGAUUACGAAAAUAAUUUCCUGUAAUUAUUAAAUUCUCACAGCGCCCGCAUUUGAUGCCGCUUGUCCACUUCAGUAAUGCCUCAGUGCAUCAAUGGCUAAUUAUACAAUGGAGUGUGGUGUUCGAUAUCAUAUUGACUAUGAAAGCCAGUGCACGUGGGUUUUCUAUAAUAUCAUUAUUGAUUGUGUCCACGUAAGGUCGCUGAUUGGCUCGUGCUGCAGAAAAAAGGUCAGCCUUUUAUUAAGCGGCUUCGAGUAUUACCAUAGAAGAUGCACAUUAACAUGAUCACCAAUACGUCCAUUCACUCUAUUGCAUAUAGACAUUGUGUACAUGCACGAAAUUCCGUUAUCACCGAGUUUAAUUGCAAUGUGAAUCUUGAUGUGUAAACCCACAAUAAGAAAAAUAAAAUUAGUCCAUAGCACAUUAUGUACAGCACACGUUCUGCAAACCAUUUUGUUGUACACUAGAAAUGCACUUGGCUUUCAAAGAUAAAAUGUUUUACAAUGAGAAUUCUCCUGGGUAUUUAUAUUUGUAGUCAAUCAUGCCUUUGCUAUCUUGAAAAUUGCCACAUGGGAUACCGGCUUAUUUGGGAUAGAUUGCUCAUUAAUGUUUUAUCAUCAAGUAAAUCAAGGGUAAAUGUGAUUUAUCUGUUUGCUCAGAACUUCCAACGGCCAAGCAACGGGCCUGUCGACGGUGUGUUGCACGCUGCCGCGGUCUUUCCUAAGAUAAAAAAAAUAUGAAGCAUAUAUAAAAGUGCACUCCAACAAAGUGACGAGUUAACGUGACAAAUGUGUUUCCCUGCUUGUGGAAGACGCCCUGGUUAUAAUUAUUAGCACGCUGGCAUUGCAAUCCCAGAAGUCGCCAGUUGAAUUUCUCCUGCCACGUGCCCACCCAGCAGUAUGCACCAGCAGAUCACGUGCGAUGGGGGUAAAGUGUGGGUAAUGCUACAUUUUCCCAAGACGUCUGCCCAGCCUGGCCAAAUUACCUUCUGGAUGGUCUCCGAGAACCCCGUUGUCUCUGCGAAGGAAAAUAACGGAGACCGCUUUUUGUUUUCAUAGUCUUCUCGCAAUCGUCCUGUACUCGGAACACUCAAAGUAAUCGAUUUUUAAAAAUGUAAUAAUAAAAUGUCAACAAUG